AUGUUUUUAGAGGUGUUCAAGAAGCUACAUAUUAAUAUAGCGUUUGCAGAAGCAUUAGAACAGAUGCCCCGCUAUGUGAAGUUUAUGAAAGAAAUUUUGUCAAGGAAGAGGAAGUUAGAGGAUUAUGAGACGGUUGCAUUAACUGAAGGGUUCAGCGCAAUAGUGCAGAAGAAACUACCUCCAAAGCUUAAAGAUCCUGUAUCUUUGCAGAUGGCAGAUAGAUCAGUUAAUCACCUUCUUGGAGUGAUUGAGGACGUAUUGGUAAAAGUGGGUAAAUUCAUCUUUUCUGCGGACUUUAUUAUUUUGGAUAUGGAGGAAGAUGAAAAUAUUCCAAAAAUACAUGGAAGACCAUUCUUGGCGACUGGUAGGGCUUUAAUUGAUGUACAAAAAGAUGAGUUAAAGCUGUGA